AUGGGUCCUGUGGUGGGAUUGUCGCCUGGCCCUGGUCCUGUGUCUUCUCCCGCUGCCUCUGCAUCACAGGUUGCUGGUUCCCCGAGUUGGGAGGUUGUGGCACCGGCCGAGAUUGCGGGAGAGGGAGGGGUGCUGGUUCUUGACAAUGCUUCUGUUCCGGCGGCCUCCGUGCCUCUGGCGUCUAUGUCUGUGCCUUCUGCGCCUUUGCCCUCUGCUCAGCCGUCCUUUGUUACUCCGCCCCCUGUGGUGUCGGCCCCUGCGCCAUCGCCCUCUGUGAUUGCGUCCCCUGCGACUCCGCCCGCUGUGUUGCCGGCCGACUCCUGUGCUUCAGUCCCGUGUGGUUCCACCGUCUGUAUCAAAGCCCUCUGUGCGGCCUCUUCCCGUGCCUACCGCCCCCGUGGUGGAGAGCGCCGAGCUGGAUGUUCAAGACUUCAUGCAUCGACCGCGAGGAUCACGUAG